UAUGCACAAGAAGCCAUGUUGUCCUGCAGGCCAGUGGCCCUGGUAACUGGAGGUAACAAAGGAAUAGGCUUCGAGAUCACGCGCGACCUAUGUCGGAAAUUCUCCGGGGACGUGGUGCUCACUGCGCGGGACGAGGUGCGGGGCCGCACCGCAGUGCAGAAGCUGCAGGCAGAGGGCCUGAGCCCACGCUUCCACCAGCUGGACAUCGACAGCACUCAGAGCAUCUGCGCGCUGCGCGACUUUCUGCUCAAGGAGUACGGAGGACUGGACGUGCUGGUCAACAACGCGGGCAUCGCUUUCAAGGUGGAUGACCCCACCCCCUUCCACAUUCAAGCAGAGGUGACAAUGAAAACCAAUUUCUUUGGUACACAAGAUGUCUGCAAGGAGCUCCUCCCUCUAAUAAAACCCCAAGGCAGAGUGGUGAAUGUAUCAAGCAAGACGAGCCUCUGGGCCCUGAAGAACUGCAGCCCAGAGCUACAGCAGAAGUUUCGAAGCGACACCAUCACAGAGGAGGAGCUGGUGGGGCUCAUGAACAAGUUUGUGGAGGACACAAAGAAAGAAGUCCAUGCGAAAGAAGGCUGGCCUAAUAGUGCAUAUGGUGUCACCAAGAUUGGGGUGACAGUCCUGUCCAGAAUCCAGGCCAGGAAGCUCAGCGAGGAGAGGAGAGGGGACAAGAUCCUCUUGAACGCCUGCUGCCCUGGGUGGGUCAGAACCGACAUGGCAGGACCAAACGCCACCAAAAGCCCAGAAGAAGGAGCAGAGACCCCCGUGUACUUGGCCCUUUUGCCUCCGGGUGCAGAGGGGCCUCACGGGCAGUUUGUUCAAGAUAAAAAAGUGGAACAAUGGUGACCUCAGAUCUCACCUCUUACCCCCUUGUAUUCUGAUUGGUGAAGGCCAAGGACAUCUAUAAUAUAGUAACACUUCUGAAAAUAAAUGUAACUAAUUCUUUAA